AUGGGUGCCCAGCAAUCUUCUCAAGAAGGUGCUGGCACCACCGCCGACGACCCCGCCCUCUUGACCCGGAAGACUUGCUACUACGAGGUGCUGGGUGUCGAUCGUGAUGCCGAGGACGCAGAGAUCCGGAAGGCCUACAAGAAGAAGGCCCUCGAGUUACAUCCUGACCGCAACUACAAUGAUGAGGACAACGCCACCAGGAAGUUUGCCGAAGUCCAGACCGCCUACGAGGUCCUCGCCGACCCCCAGGAGCGCGCCUGGUACGACUCCCACCGCGAUGCCAUCCUCCGCGGCGACGCCGACCAUGACGACGAUGGCGGGCCCCAGACGCACUACAACGUCCGCCUCACCACCACGGACGAGAUUAUGAACCUUAUCGGCCGCUUUAACUCCCGCGUCUCCUUCAAUGACAGCCCCACGGGCUUCUUCGGCAUCCUCGACAUCACCUUCGGCCAGCUCGCCACCGAGGAGACCGCAGCCUGCGAAUGGGAUGGCCAGGAUCCCGUCGAGUACCCGCCCUUCGGCUCUGCCGGCGACGACCACGAUUCCGUCGCCAGGCCCUUCUAUGCCGCAUGGUCCAACUUUUCUACCAAAAAAUCCUUUAGCUGGAAGGACAAGUGGCGGCUGUCCGACGCCCCGGACCGCCGCGUGCGGAGGGCCAUGGAGAAAGAGAACAAGAAGAUGCGAGAUGACGCGGUCCGCGACUUCAACGACGCCGUGCGGUCCCUGGUCGCCUUCGUCAAGAAGCGGGAUCCGAGAUACAUCCCCAACACACAGUCCGAAGCCGAGCGCCAGAAAAUCCUGCGCGACAGCGCCGCCACACAGGCCGCCCGCGCGCGUGCUGCCAACCAGGAGAAGAUGCGGGACAAGGAGUUCGUGGUGGCAGACUGGGCGCAGUCGAGGGGCGAGGAGGCAGAGUAUAAUGAUGAGUUCGCGACGAGCAGCGAAGAGAGCGAGGUCGAGCAGUUCGAGUGUGUCGUCUGUAGUAAAGUCUUCAAGAGCGAGAAGCAGUACGAGGUGCAUGAGAAGAGCAAGAAGCACGUCAAGGCCGUCCAACAGCUGCGCAGACAAAUGAAAAAGGAGGGUCACGAUCUGGAUCUAGAUAUAGAGGAGCCUACCGAAGGUGCACAUCAGCCAGCGGCUGGCGCAGAGUUCCCGGAAACCAUGGACGAGAUCCGAGAAAACGAGACGAACCCAGCCCCACGACCUUCACCACCACCGAGGGAAUCCAACCAACCCUCCGACGAGGAAGACGACACCGCAGGGACAUCCUCAGAGGACACUUUAGAUGACGAAUACGCGCCGAGAGAUAUCGUCGAGGGCCGCCUCACCUCUGAUCUCGGAGCGGAUUCCUUGCAAGAUGACGGGGAGGAGGAUGCGGGGGAGAGCCGGCUGGUGUCAAAAUUGACAGAAGCGACGCUAGAAGACGAUGGACAGACUGCGUCAAAGAAGGUUGGCAAGGCAAAAGCGAAGAGAGCCAAAAAGGCGGCCACUCAGGCCCAGGAGGACACAAACAAGUGCAACGUCUGCGAUGAGGUGUUUGGUUCCCGAACACAGCUUUUCAAGCACAUCAAGGACGAGGACCAUGCGCAGCUGAAGUCACAGCCGGCAAGGCAGACUGGCAAAAAGGGUAAGAAGUCCAAGAGAUGA